ACAGGCCGCUUUGUGUUCACGUGGCUGAGCGAGACCAGUCGGGGGCCUCCGCGGGCGGGCACCUUAAACAAAAAAAACCCCCAAAUCUCCAUCAGCCGAUCGUUUAAUUAUCUGUUGUACGGGCUAUUCACCGCUACUACGCGGUGUGUGCGGGGGGAGAGUUAAGUUAGUUACAGGCGGUAAGGUGCUGAGCAGAAGCCGGAUCCCGCCCUGCCCAGGGGGUGACUGGAGACUACACGCUUCAUCCGUGGUGCAGCAGCACUGCCAGGGGCGAGCAGCGUUUAGUGUCCGGCAACGCUGCGCGGCGGGGGAGGUGAGACUGGGGAGCAGAGGCGGGGCGCUGGUCGGGCCAAUGGAGAGCGGCGGCGGUUUAAAGGGUAUCGCUAGGAGGGCGGUUUGAAUUCAAACUGCUCUGACGGCGGUGACGGCAACAUGGAGAAAAAUGGUAAAGAGAACCACAAUGGGCUUCCUGGUCACAGUGUUAAGAUUCUACCUUCUAUUGGGGAUGGGCCAAAACGGCUCCCUGUGCAUCAGCAACAUCCUCAGAAUUGGGUACCUGGAAGCGGAAUCCAAGCACAGCGUGUUUUUUGCCCUUCAAAUUUGGCUCAGCGAGUUCCUGUACAGUCACAGGUUCAAAAAUCUGCACUGUCAAACCAGAAACAGUCUCAAAACCUACUGAUGCAGCAAUCUCGACCAACUUCUGUAGUUCAGCCAAUUUCUGGACCUCCGGCUCCAAGUAAAAACAAUGAGGAAUCUCAACAAGCCUCAGUAUCUGCAAAAAACCAAGCAGAAGGGACAUCUGGCCAGAAAAAUGAAGAAACUAAAAAAAAGCAGUGGUGUCUUGAUGACUUCGAAAUUGGCCGUCCUCUGGGAAAAGGAAAGUUUGGAAAUGUGUAUCUGGCUCGUGAAAAGCAAAGUAAAUUUAUCCUAGCACUGAAGGUGCUGUUUAAAACACAGCUCGAGAAAGCAGGAGUAGAACAUCAACUGCGGAGAGAAGUAGAAAUACAGUCUCAUCUUAGGCAUCCCAAUAUUCUCAGGAUGUAUGGCUACUUCCAUGAUGCCACAAGAGUCUACCUAAUUCUAGAAUAUGCACCUCGUGGAGAAGUCUACAAAGAGUUGCAGAAACUAACCAAGUUUGAUGAGCAGAGAACUGCUACUUAUAUGACAGAAUUGGCAGAUGCUCUAUCAUACUGUCAUUCAAAAAGAGUAAUUCAUAGAGACAUCAAGCCAGAAAACUUGCUACUUGGGUCAAACGGAGAGUUGAAGAUUGCUGACUUUGGAUGGUCUGUGCAUGCUCCAUCAUCUAGGCGGACAACUCUUUGUGGUACACUUGAUUACUUGCCUCCUGAAAUGAUUGAAGGGAGAACACAUGAUGAAAAGGUGGAUCUUUGGAGCCUGGGGGUUCUCUGUUAUGAAUUUCUAGUAGGGAAACCUCCUUUUGAGGCAGACACAUACCAGGAAACUUACAGAAGUAUUUCAAAGGUGGAAUUCAAAUUUCCUUCUUUUGUAACAGAAGGCGCUAAGGACCUAAUUUUAAAGCUCCUGAAGCAUAAUCCAUAUCAGAGGCUACCACUGAAAGAUGUGCUUGAACAUCCAUGGAUUAUCACA